AUGUUGGGCGCCCCCAGCCCCUCCCCUGCGCAGUACGGGAGCUGUUCUCAGCCCCGACAGAGAGAGGCCUUGGCUGAGAAGAUGAAUGAAAGAGGGCUGGAAGCCCAGGGGCUGCGGAUUCCGGGUGGCUGGCUUCCCCAGGAAGCCCUUUCGAAAGGCCGAGUGGAGAUACAGCGAGCCUGCGAAUGGGGCACCAUCUGUGAUGAUGACUUCACGCUACAGGCAGCCCAUGUCCUCUGCCGGGAGCUGGGCUUCACAGAGGCCACAGGCUGGACCCACAGCGCCAAAUACGGCCCUGGAACAGGCCGCAUCUGGCUGGACAACCUGAGCUGCAGUGGGACCGAGCGGAGUGUGGCCGAAUGCACCUCGAGGGGCUGGGGGAACAGUGACUGCACCCACGAUGAGGAUGCUGGGGUCAUCUGCAAGGACCAGCGCCUCCCUGGCUUCUCCGACUCCAAUGUCAUCGAGGUAGAGCAUCACCUGCAAGUGGAGGAGGUGCGGCUCCAGCCAGCCGUUGGGCGGGGCCGGCGGCCCCUGCCCGUGACCGAGGGGCUGGUGGAAGUCCGGCUUCCCGGCGGCUGGUCCAGAGUGUGUGACCAAGGCUGGAGCGCUCACAACAGCCACGUGGUCUGCGGGAUGCUGGGCUUCUCGGGCGAGAAGAGGGUCAACACGUCUUUUCACGGCUUUCUAUCAGCGGGGCAGGGCGGCGUGUCCCGCUUCGGGCCCAGCCACAACAGGAAUGUCCGCCAGCAGGUCCCGCGGCGGAGGCGCCGUGCUCUCCCACUGCCGGGGAGCCGCUUCCGAACCACGAGUCGAAUCGCGCUGGCGACCGGCUCGGUGUUUGCAGCCACUCGCUCCCCUGGCUAA